AGCUGUCUUAGGCAUCCAGCGCAUUGCCUGACCCGAAGCGCCGACCCGACCUGUGCUCAUACUUCGGACCCUGCGAUGGAAGCGUGUCAUAGAAAGCCAGGUACACCAGGGGUUGGAAAAACCACGCUAGGCAAAGAACUUGCAUCAAGAUCAGGACUGAAAUACGUUAAUGUGGGUGAUUUAGCUCGAGAAGGGCAGUUAUAUGAUGGCUAUGAUGAAGAGUAUGAUUGUCCCAUUUUAGAUGAAGACAGAGUAAUUGAUGAGUUAGAAAACCAAAUGAGUGAAGGUGGAGUUAUUGUUGAUUACCAUGGUUGUGAUUUCUUCCCUGAACGCUGGUUUCAUAUAGUAUUUGUGCUGAAAACAGAUAACAGUGUUUUGUACAAAAGACUUGAAACUAGGGGUUAUAAUCAGAAGAAACUAAAAGACAAUAUUCAGUGUGAAAUUUUUCAAGUACUUUAUGAAGAAGCUUUGGGAUCCUACAAGGAAGAAAUAGUGCAUCAGCUGCCGAGCAAUAAACCAGAAGAUCUAGAGGAUAAUAUCAAUCAGAUAUUGAAAUGGAUAGAGCAGUGGGUUAAAGAUCAUAGCUCUUGACUUAACAAGAAUGCCACUUUACAAUCACUCGAUACCUCUCUGCUGACAUCAUAUAAAUUGUUCAGUUAUCAGUAUCAGUACAACUUUCUUAUUGAAAUUGUGCUGUUGGACUCAUAGAUGGAUAGUAUAAAGGUUUAUGUUUAGUUUUUUUUCUCCAUGAGAAAACUAAACAAUCUCAAAUAUAAUGAAUAGUAUUAUUGAGGAUUGAGAGUUAAAACUAUAAUUGUUUAAUGCUUCAGUUGCUAAAGAAUAAAUCUGAUCAAAUGGU